CUAUUUCCUCAGCCCAGAAGAUGGCAAAGGUGGCUAAGGACCUUAACCUUGGAGUUCAAAAGAUGUCCCUGGGCCAGCAGCAGUCAGCAAGAGGUGUACCUUGUCUGAGAUGCAAGGGGACAUGCUUGGGCUUUGAGCCACAUUCAUGGAGGAAAAUAUGCAGGUCAUGCAAGUGCAGCCAGGAGGACCACUGCCUAACUUCCGAUCUGGAAGAUGACUGGAAAAUUGGCCGUUUGCUGAUGGAUUCCAAGUAUUCCACCCUCACGGCUCGAUUGAAAGGUGGAAUCCGGAUCUACAAGAGGAACCGGAUGAUCAUGACCAACCCCAUAGCUACUGGGAAAGAUCCCACCUUUGACACCAUCACUUAUGAGUGGGCUCCCCCAGGAGUCACCCAGAAACUGGGUCUCCAGUACAUGGAACUCAUCCCUAAGGAGAAGCAGCCAGUGACUGGCACUGAGGGUGCCCUUUACCGCCGGCGCCAGCUCAUGCAUCAACUGCCCAUCUACGACCAGGACCCCUCACGCUGUCUCGGACUUUUGGAGAACGAGUUGAAAUUAAUGGAGGAAUUUGUCAAGCAGUAUAAGAGUGAGGCCCUUGGUGUGGGAGAAGUGGCCCUCCCAGGGCAAGGUGGCCUGCCCAAGGAGGAAGGGAAGCAACAAGAAAAGCCAGAGGGUGCAGAGAACACAGCCCCAACCACCAACGGCAGCGUCGGGUCCAAAGACGUGGAAUAUGUCUGUGAGCUCUGCAAGGGAGUGGCCCCCACUGACAGCCCUGUGGUCUACUCUGACAGGGCAGGCUACAACAAGCAGUGGCAUCCAACUUGCUUCGUGUGCACCAAGUGUUCCGAGCCACUGGUCGACCUCAUCUAUUUCUGGAAGGACGGUGCAAUCUGGUGUGGUCGCCAUUACUGUGAGAGCAUGAGGCCCAGGUGCUCUGGGUGUGAUGAGAUAAUAUUCUCGGAGGACUACCAGCGUGUGGAAGACCUGGCCUGGCACCGAAAGCAUUUUGUCUGUGAGGGCUGCGAGCAGCUGCUGAGUGGCCGGGCAUACAUCGUCACCAAGGGCCAGCUCCUCUGCCCAACUUGCAGCAAAUCCAGACAGUCCUGAAGGGCUGCUUGUCCACAACCAGGACCCCCAGAGCCCUACUCAGGAGAAGAGCCAGUGUGUGCUGAAGUCAUCCUGAGGUUCUGGUUUCAGCCAGAAAGCAACACAAA